AUGAUAGUGUGCAGAAGCUCUGACGAUGUGAAGAGGUAUCUUGACUAUAGGUUCCGUGUGAGAAAGCGUUUCCCAGUGCAUGAGCCAGAGGGAGAAGAGUUGGCAAAGCUCAAGGCACAGGCCGCCGCGGCGGCAGCGGCGGCAGCGGAGACAGAGAAUGCAGAUUUGCAAUGGGGCAGUGGGCCCUAUACAAAGUACCAGAUCGAACUAUCCUUCUUCAAGCUCAGAGCUUUGGGACCCGCAGAGAGAGGUCCUCGGAGACAGCGGCAGAGCAUUGAAGCAGCAGAGCAGGAGAGGGACAAAGCAACAGAAGCUCAGCCCCAGAGCAACGCAGAAGAUCCGACAAUGCUUAGGAAGGAGAUGCAGGAGAAGGACCGGGUAAUGGUGAACCUUCUACAGUGCCACGACGAACUCCAAGCAAAGCUCAAGCAAGUAUCUGACCAGCUCGCUGAGGAACAGAGGGGGGGCCAAGAGAGAAUGCGGGUGGCGAAGGAAGCAGAAAAGAACUUGCAAGGGCAGAUCCAAUCCCAGAACACAGAGCUUGGAAAGGCUCUUGAUAGGGCAAAGGAAAAGGCGAGGGAAUGGAGGGACGCACAGAAACAGUUAUCGUCAAACCGAGGACUUUUGAAACAAAGAGAUACGGAGGUCAAGAACCUCAAAGAGAGAUUGAAAGCAGCAGAGCAGCAGCAGAGCGGGAAUCUGGGGAAGGGGGCCAAAGAUGCGGGCGUCGCCGCCGCUCAUGAGAGGGAACUGGAAGAAAUCAAGAAGCUUCUUAAGGAGAAGGAGGCCACGAUUAAGUCAUUGCUAGGCAAGCAGGACCAGAGGGCUGGAGAGGUCGCAGAUCUACGGAAGGAACGGGAUGGACUUCUAAAACAAGUCACGAGCCAGUCCGACAAAGCAAGACAGGCCAUCGAGACGGAGAAGCAAGCGGCCGAGACUGAGGCCGCGAAACGACAAAAGCCGGAGCUCGAACUAUGGGAUGUCAAGCAGCAGCUGAACAAGUUGCGGGAUCAAGAGAAAGGGUGGACUAACGAAACGGUUGGGCUCCAGAAAAAGCUGGAGGAUGCAAAAAAUGCAGCAGCAAAAGAAGCAAAGGGUCGAGCGGAUGUGGAAGAAGACCUUAAGGAGCGCUUGCGGGCUUCUGAAAAGCUGGUCGAUGAGCUCCAGGAUAGAGUGAAGGACCGUCUGAGAAGAACGGGGUCGCUGCGGCAGCCGGGGAAGUGGAGGGGCAGAGAAAGAAAAGGGAAGAGCUCCGGGCGCAGGAGGAGCAGAAAUGCUCUCAAGCGGAAACCCCAGAAUCCUGCGGUUGUUAUCGACGCGUGCAGCCAUCUGAUAGUGGAUUCUGGGAUGCUAAAGGAGAACCAGGAUGCCAUCCAAGAGAAACUGGAAACAGUUCUAGGAGGAAGGGAUCCGGGAAACAAGAAUGUAGCCAACGAUGUCCGCAAGUAUCUGACCUACUUCCUCCGGGGUUUUGUGCCUGUGCUGCUGGAUGACAAAGAGGAGUUGACUGGGCGGGUACUAAGCAACCCUAAACCCGUUUCCAGCCCUAAGAUAGGGGCUCGUCUGAAGAAGCGGAAGAAGAUAGUGGGGGUGGAAAAGGCGGUUGGUGUGGAUGAGGGAAUGCUGGGAGGGAGCACUCAGCCUCCGGCAGAGAGUGUUGAGAAGGACAGAGAAAUUGCAGCGGCAAAGUUGGAGGCCGACACACUAAAACAACAGCUCGAGGAAAGCAACGGGGGGUUGCAGAAUCGUGAGGAAACUGUCAAGAAGCUGAGCCAAAAGGUCAAGAGGUUGAAGAAGGAGCUUGAGGAGAAGGAAACGGAAGCCGCCCCCUUGCAGUUCCAGGUGAAGGAGUUGGACGCUUUUGUGAAAGCGUACAAGAGGGACAUUGACCGGCUGAAGGAAGAGCUCAGCACCGAGAAGCUGAGGAACGUCAAGAUUGGGCUGGAUCUUGGCCACGGUCAGAGGCCUUAUGUGCGGGCGCUCGACUUUGCCAUCCGUGCGGCUGUCUUGGCUGUGUCCGUUGAGGGUACUGCUGGCAGGCUUCUGUACCGCCCUGGUUAUACCCUCCUCACAUAUGCCCUGAAGCUCGGGCUGCUGAGGAAAGUAGAUAUAGACGUGCUGCACGCCUGGCAGGAUUGGGACUGGGACGUGAAGCAGGUAGGGCAGAUGUGCGGGAAAGACAGCACGAAGGAUGAGAAAGUCGAUGCCAAGUUUGUGAUGGGUGCUCUCUUGGGUCGGCACCCUCUUCGGGGCACCGACCACCCUGUGCUCAGCAAGGAAGAAGCAGAGAGCAUGGAGAAGCAGCUGCAGGAUCUGGAGGAGCUGCAAGGGCAGAAGAACUACCCCAGGUCGAGCCUCUACAACGGCUUUCUGGCCUGGGUCACGCGGUCGCUAGAGGAAUACGGGCUCUGGAACGACGAGCGGAGUUACAAGAAGCGGCAGGAGUCAUCAGCAGGCAUCCAGAACGAGACCGAGGAGUGGUACAUGCUGUGCAAGGACUCGUACUUGAAGUCUGUCACCUUGAAAGUAGGGCAGGUUGAAAGUGUCAAGAGGGGGUAA